CGCCUCUUCUCCGCUCAGUCCGAGCUGAACUUACACUACGAAGCGCAGCGAAUGGAGGAGGCAUCACUCAUGAACUGUUCCGCUGCAAAAAGCCCUUCCCCUCGGAUGCCAGGAGGAUUUUAACCCGACACAAACACCGCAGCGGCCCGAAGACACGCCGCGCCGCUUUGGGUGCUUUUUUUUAACAAAAAAAUUGUUUUCUUUUUUUUGUAAAGUCAAAAACAGAUCGAUUGCCUGUUCAUUACAAAAAAAAGGGCGUGUGCGCGGAGCGAAGGCGGCUGGAGCCAUUUAAUGUGGGUGUACGUGGUAUUUUAGAUUCUCUUUUUUCACACCAUCUGGGGACGACACACACACACACACACACACACACGCGCGCACGCGAGGAUGGGAUGCACGCUGAGCACCGAGGACAAGGCGGCGGUGGAGCGCAGCAAGAUGAUCGACCGGAACCUGCGGGACGACGGGGAGAAGGCGGCCAGGGAGGUCAAGCUGCUGCUGCUGGGAGCCGGUGAAUCUGGGAAAAGUACAAUCGUCAAGCAGAUGAAGAUCAUCCACGAGGCCGGCUACUCAGAAGAGGAAUGCAAGCAGUACAAGGCCGUGGUCUACAGCAACACUAUCCAAUCCAUCAUCGCCAUCAUUAGAGCCAUGGGGCGCCUCAAGAUCGACUUCGCAGACGCCACGAGAGCUGACGAUGCGCGGCAGCUGUUCGUGCUGGCCGGCUCGGCGGAGGAAGGCUUCAUGACGGGAGAGCUGGCCGGUGUCAUCAAGCGGCUGUGGAAGGACGGCGGGGUCCAAGCCUGCUUCGGACGCUCCCGCGAGUACCAGCUCAACGACUCGGCGGCGUACUACUUGAACGAUCUGGACAGGAUAUCCCAGGCCACCUACAUCCCGACCCAGCAGGACGUCCUGAGGACCCGGGUCAAAACCACAGGCAUCGUGGAGACCCACUUCACAUUCAAGGACCUGCACUUCAAAAUGUUUGACGUCGGCGGUCAGCGGUCCGAGAGGAAGAAGUGGAUCCACUGCUUCGAGGGCGUGACCGCCAUCAUCUUCUGCGUGGCCCUCAGCGACUACGACCUGGUGCUGGCCGAGGACGAGGAGAUGAACCGGAUGCACGAGAGCAUGAAGCUGUUUGACAGCAUCUGCAACAACAAGUGGUUCACGGACACCUCCAUCAUCCUCUUCCUCAACAAGAAGGACCUGUUUGAGGAGAAGAUCAAGAGGAGUCCUCUGACCAUCUGCUACCCGGAAUACGCCGGCUCCAACACGUACGAGGAGGCCGCCGCCUACAUCCAGUGUCAGUUUGAGGACCUGAACAAGAGGAAGGACACCAAGGAGAUCUACACCCACUUCACCUGCGCCACUGACACCAAGAAUGUGCAGUUUGUCUUCGACGCCGUCACCGACGUCAUCAUCAAGAACAACCUGAAAGACUGCGGCCUCUUCUGAGGAGAGCGCCGGCGCGGAUGACCUUUGCCUAUUCUUUUUUUUUUCUCUCGGCGGUGGAGCCCGUUUUAUUGUGCAUCCUUGGUGAAGAAGACGAGCAUGGCCCGGGAGGAUCGGUCACGGACCAGUGCUGUACUAAACGCCACUUUUAACAGCUUUAUUUAUGUUUUUGUCUUGGCAUAUUUCGAGCUAGCGUAGCGUCAUUCGUGUGAGAUGUCUGUGAAAAAAAAAAAAGACUUCCCGCGAACAUUCGGAUUCCAAUGCAGUUUAUUUUUUUAUUUGACUGUUGGAGGGAAGGGGAGGAAUUGCUGUUUUUGUGCGGGUUCCUCCCGCCGCCGUCUCUGGGGGAAAAAAGGAAACGUCGGUCGUUGGUGGAAAUGCUUCUGUCCUUCCUCCCCCUUCGAAGGGGAAGAAGAGGGGCCCGAAGCUCGUUGGCGCCGUGGCCUCUCGCCGCGGCCCGUGGUCCCGGCGCUUGUUCUGUUGCCUGCCGCAUUGUUCCGAACAUAGAGAGGUAACCCGUUUUCACGCGUUAGUGUCCCUGCUAUGUACGCACACACACACACACACACACACACACAGACCACUGAGCCUUCAGAAGGAGGACCAUGUCCCUCUGGUCUGAAGGUACGUGGGUUUUCAUGCUGACCUCCACAGUCCUUCACAUUUGACCCGCAGAUUUGGGGUUGUGGUUUUUCAAACUGUACAAAAUGUCCAGUCUUGUUUCUGAAAAGGUUCGAGUGAGGCGAUGAGCUGGUAAAACGCUCACAGGUUUUAGGUCAAAAGGCCACGGUGGGCACAUUUUAACGUAUAUUUUAAUGUAUUUGGAUGAGAAUUUAAGAUGUUGAAGAAAGAAAGACAAAAAAAAAAAAAAAGAACUGAGAUGGUUGCAAAGGACGAGGUCGGGAAAUGUGUUUUUUAGGUCCGGACGCCGCUCCGUGAUGGGAGAGUGGAGGCGCUGCUCGAGGAUCCGCUGACACAAAGCGAGAAGGUCGAGGGCGACUGGUCUGUGAUUUCUUUUUUUUUUUUAGAUACUUUGCCAAGAGGAGUGACAAACAUGUAAAGAAACUGCCACAAUUGUCUCUGUGUGUGUGUGUAUGUUCUCCGCGGAUGGAGAACCUUUGUAGACUCAUCUCCCUUAUUUUGCUAAUAAAAACCAUUUCCAAACCA